UGGACAUGCACCUCUCGAUUCCUGACGUCGGAUUGCAACCCACUUUGGGGGAAAACCCUAGCCUUAAACCGAGGUCUUGACUCCGCCUCUGGAUCGACCCCUUGGCGGAUUACCGCAGCGAGACUUGGAGGGGGAGUGUCGAGUUUCAGUCGAAUUGGAGGGUUUUGUGGGAUCGAGUAGAUGAAGGAUCCUACCGAUCGAACGAAGAUCGUGGUUCGGCGUCAGGAAUGAAGAAGCAGGCAAGCGUGACGGUGUUGUUCCUCCGCCGCUCAGCAUUAAUUGGCUUCUUUCUCUGAACUGGCCUGGAAACGUGGAACCCUAACUUCAAACCUUUGUCAUCUCUGUUGCCGCUGGAAUUUCACCUUGAAGUUAUUUGAUGCCAACAUGAUUGCUGUAAAUUUCUUCACGUUAUUACCAGUGCAAAGUUCAUUUUUUUUCUAGCUAAAUAUCAAUAUAGAUCGAUGCCCAUCCUCUUUGCUUUUGGCAUAUUUAGUCAUGCGAUGCUUCGAAGAGGACUCCUAUCUCUUGGGUAUGGCAGCAAUAUAUCCUGGAGCAGUGCAUACUUGAAUAGAGAUGGAUCAUAUCCCAAUUUGGUUUACACUGUCUUCCAGAAGCGCUGGAUGACAAGGCAUCGAAGGGUGCAAGAUAGGAGCAAGAAGAAGAGAGUGCAUGACCUCGAGAUUGCCACAGAAUGCUGGAAGGUCGUUUCAAAAAUUUUAACCAUAAUGGAGGUGUUGAGGAAAGAACCAGAACAAGUAAUCCCGCUAAAAUUGUUGGAGCGGUAUAGGCAGCAUAUCAAUCUAAGUAAGCAGCACAAGGUUGAGGACUUCAUCCGCAAAUCUCCUAAGCUGUUUGAGCUCUACAGGGACACAAAGGGGGUAGUCUGGUGUGGAUUCACAGAAAAAGCUGAGGAUCUUCUUGAACAAGAGGCUAGACUUCUGGAAGACCACUCGCAGAAGAAUGUCGAGUAUGUUACGAGGCUUCUCAUGAUGUCUGUGGAUAAAAGGCUUCAUGUGAAUAAGAUAGCAAAUUUUAGGAGAGAUAUGGGCCUUCCUUAUGAUUUUAGGCAAACGUGGAUUCAUAUGUUUCCUGAACACUUCAAAGUUGUGAGAGUAGACGAUGAUGAAUACUUGCAACUGAUGUCCUGGAACCCUUCAUGGGCAGUUACAGAGUUAGAGAAGAAAGCUAUGGCAGCAGGAGUUAUCGCAGAGCUUCAACCUGAACCUGGAGUUCUCUCCCUUCCUUUUCCUUUGAAAUUUCCACGAUAUUAUAAAGUUUUUAGAUAUGGUGAACAGAUUGAGCAUUUUCAGAAGAGGAAUUAUUUGUCACCAUAUGCCGAUGCCACAGGACUAAUGCCUGGCUCACAGGAGUUUGAUAAAAGGGCAGUGGCUAUUAUGCAUGAGAUAUUGAGUUUUACCAUAGAAAAGAGACUUGUUACCGAUCAUCUCACUCACUUCCGGCGUGAAUUUGUAAUGCCUCAAAAACUAAUGCGACUUUUGCUUAAGCAUUGUGGCAUAUUUUAUGUUUCUGAAAAGGGGAAGCGAUUUAGUGUCUUUCUGACAGAAGCAUAUGAUUGUUCGGAGUUGAUAGAUAAAUGUUCUAUAGUGCAGUGGAAGGAGAAGGUUCUCAAACUUACUGGAUAUAGAGGAAGAAGAAAGAAAAUCAAGACUUACGAGUCUUCUGAUUUUGAGAAUGAUUUGAUUGAUAGAAACCAUGACAAGGAAAUUGCAUUUGUAGAGGUUGAACAUGACGAGAGUGUAGACGCAAUUGACGAUAUUUUCAUAACAGAUGAAUCUGAAAUGGACAUUAGAGAAGUAUAUGAUGCAUAUGAAGAUUGAACCUUCGAUGUCAGGUUUGAUCAAUGGCAGGCAUGAAGUAAAAUCUAAGCCAGUUCAUGACUGAGUUCACCUCAUUCAACCAUUAUGAUUUCACAAGAUCUAACAAAAUCCAAAUCUAGAAUAGAAGAGUUUAAAUCUGAAGAGAUAAAAAAGUGUCCGAACAUCAUAUCAAAAUCUGGCGAUUGAUAUUAGUGUUCACUGGCAUCGCCGGCCGUCUCAAGAAUCAGAGACCGCAGUAGUGGUGGCGGCGCAGUCGAAUCCGCACCGGCAGCGCGGGCCUACAUAGGAAUAGAGCUCAUCCGUGCUCCUCGCUGCCACAUUGAUCCCGAACCAGAGGAAGAGGAAACCCCUCUCAGGUUGGUCGACGACCCCGACCGGGCCGGUGAUCUUCUUUUGGUACCUCAACAAGUAGCCUCCGUCGGAGACAUUGAGCUUGCAAUCGCCGCUGAGGUACACCUCAAAGCUCCCAUCUGGAUGCAGGAUGUAGCUCUGCAUGCCUGCGGGAGGAUCCCGGUGGGAAAUCAUACUUCUCCAGCAUCUCGUAGGCGGUUGGCUUGUCGUCGUCGGAAACUGGGGUCUCAGCUAGCGACGGUGCAAGGAGCAGAAAAAGGAGAAGGAAAAAAACUGCUCCGCGGAUAGAAACGCCAAAAAGAUGGAAUUUUGAGGGCGAAUCCAUGGUAGGAUUAGGAAUUUAUGGGGAAGGAGCCACCAAAGCUUAUAUCGAAGAGGAAAAAGCAGGCGAAGAGAAGGAAUUAUAUUUGUUCCAGAGACUUGGGUGCUUGAAAACUGAACGAGCUGCUAUUGCAAUCGUAAAAACCUUUGAAUUGAUUGAGGAACAAUGUUCACUAUCGACCAUUUCUGUAGUAGAAGCUGCAGCGAUGACUGGAACACGACGGCACUGACCAGCAAAUGCAUUGCGGACGGUGGCUACCAAAAAAAUCCAGAAUAUUUACAUUCGCUAUAACUAGUUAAUAGCAGUUUUUCUACGGUAGGCUGAGCUUGAUUGGAUCGAAAGAUAAGAAAGAAAGGAGAAAAAUCUG